CCGGUCCAGGACCAGUCGGGACCAGCAGAGACCCAAAACCAAGCUAUGCAGGUCCAGGACCAAUCGGGACCAGCAGAGACCCAAAACCAAGCUAUGGAGGUCCAGGACCCGCCAUCACCCCUUGUCCACCCCAGGGAAGAUGCCUAUUGCAUUCUUCAGAUGUUGCUCCAUCUCACACUACCUCUGACCGAAGUCCUAGCAUCUUUACCAGAGGCAUCACCUCGUGAUCCGUCGCUAGGUCUCCUGGAGAGAGUGGACAGCUCUACUGUAAGAGAUGUACUUGGAGUGUUGGCAGACUUUGAUCCCGCAAUGGCAUUUACGGUCAUCCAAGGUCUUGGAUGGGGCCAUACUGUCCUGGAAGUCUCCAGGGAGAAGGAAGACUUUGGGCAGCAGCUCAUCGCACUGGCCGAGGCGCUACUAGACUGCAAGAAAUUCUGGCAGUGCCGAGUGCUUCUCUCUCAUCUCCUAGCGUACGAGGUCGUGAGUUUUGCUAAGUUUGGUUUGCUGGUGCGAGACGACGAUGAUGAUGUAGAUGAUGUUUUGGUAUCCAUGUCUGGGGUUGGAGUCUUUCUUGGAGGGCAGGGAAGAGAUGAGCAUGGAUUUAGGGUGGUCCUCCAUGACGAAGAGGGUGCUGGUGAUGGUGAGACUCUGGGCAUGGACGGCUACGGUCAUGGGGGAGAGGGGGAGAUGGAGAGUUAA